AUGUCAAACGGCACAGAGGCAGCUGGCGGAACACCGAAUGCGAAAAGUGGCACCAUCGUAGUCGCCAUCAUUGUGCCAGCGGCUUUGAUAAUCGUGCUCAUAGUGCUGAUAUUCAUUAAUCGUCGCAGGGGCUUCAUCAUCCCACGACUAAUCCACAAUGAAUCGACUAUCAAAGAAGAGAGAUGGCAGUCGCGACAAAACGAGCUAGACAGUCAUAUCAAGUCGCAGAGUUUCUACGUUUGGCUCGCGAGUCAGAAGGAAAAGAAUCCGGCAUCGCUACAAAUGAGCGAUCCAAUAUGUGCCAUAUGUCUGGACGAGUUCGUCGACGACGCGCAAAUACGUGGGCUUGAAUGCUCUCACGCUUUUCACUCGCACUGUCUAGACGAAUGGUUUACAAAGUACAACGAGUACUGUCCACUCUGCCAUAGGCCGAUCAUACCCGGCUCUAGAGCAGCAAGACGAAGAACGCGAGAAAGACUAGACCCGACAAUACCCAUGAUCGUCAUGGUCUGA